AUGAGGAGGAGGAGAAGGAGGAGGAGGAGGAGGAGGAGGAUGAAGGGUCUCUGAUCUGUGAGCAGGGUCCUCAGAACCAGGAUGUACGUACUUUGCAUGCUGGGGUACUAUAAAGUGGUGCAGGUCAUCUCAUCCUCUCUCUGUGGAAAAGCAUGUGACACUUGGUGGUUUUUUCAAGCUGGGCUUUUUGGGGUUUUGUUUUGUCAUGAUUGACUAAAACUGAGAAGCUGUGGAAAGAAAUUCUGGUCGGCCUGAUGAGACUGCCUUUGGUUUGGUGUUUCUAUGGUCCUGAGCUGACAACUGAAUUAUGACAGAAAGCUGUCUGUGUGUGUCAGUCUGCUAACUGGUGACAUGAGGGAAGGAGUGUCAGUGUCCUUUAACAGUUAAUGCGCCUCUGGAUCAAAUCAGGUCAUGCUUGGGACAUCGUUCUGAGCCUUAUUUUAUGCACAAGAGUGCGUUUUCUUCUUCCACUUGACCUCUCUGAGACCUCUCUAACUUGUAACACCUUCCAUUUCCUGCCCUUUCCUGUCCAAACACUGUAUAAUUCUCCUGCUUGCUUUAAGUUGGCUAUAUUCCGGUUGUUUUAUAUAUCGUGGAUAAAGGUAAGUUUUGAAAUCCCUUCUGAUGUAACACUUUGGGGGUUUUUAACGCCUCAUAACCCUUGUCCCAAUUUCACACAACUAUUAUACUUUGUUUACCAAAACGGGGGUUUGGUGGGGUGGUUGGGAUUUAAACUAAAUUAUUGCCAUCUUAAAAUAUGUUGUGUGAAACUGGGGUAGUGACUCACUGAGUGCAUUCCAACAGUUGUACACUGGAGGGUGCCAUUUGUCAAAAAGACAUGCAGACCGGCUGAUGGUUGUCUUAUCGCUGCAGAUGGACCUAUAAUGUUAGAUAUAAUCACAAGAUAUUCAUGGCUCGUGGUCAGCUGCAUUAUAAUCAUUAAAUUGUGUCAAAUUCUAGGGCUCUUCUGACAAAGAGUCCACAGAUGUUCUUAAACCCAAGAGAGGCAGAAAGAAAAAGAGUGAUGUAGACCAGGAGAAUGAAAAAGAUGAAGUACCAGCCAGUCCCGUCAGCCCCUCAGGUGGUGAAGCUCCUAAACGAAGAGGCAGGAAGCCGAAAAGCGAGAAGCUGCUUUUGCUUCAGCAGCAGGACCAACACGGCUCUGGAAAUGAAAUGGACACUGGUGACGCUGAGAAGAAGAGGAAGAGGCCACCGGAGGACAAGCUUCAGAGUGGAGAGGAAGAAAAGAGAAAGAAAAGGGAAGAUAGUAAGGGCAGGGAAGUCGAGUCGAAGGACCCUGAGGUCAAGAAGAAAAAGCUCUCCAAGGAAGACAGCUCCUCUGGCUCCGACGAUGACGAGAAAAACAAAAGCAGAAAGAAGCUACAAACUACAGAAACGGACAAAGAUAUGCGCAGACGGAAGGCAGAUGAAUCAAGAGAUCCAACGAAAGACGAUCCAAAGAAAAAUGAGGCCGGAGCCAAAAAAAAAGAAAUGUCAACCGACUUUAAACUGCAGCGACUCCACAGUGAAAUCAAGAUCUCCCUGAAAAUCGACAACCCUGAUGUAAAGAAGUGCCUGGACGCUUUAGAUGAGAUAAGUGCUCUUCAAGUCACAACCCAGCACCUGCAGAAACACAGUGAACUCAUAGCAACACUCAAGAAGAUCCGCAGAUUCAAGGCCAACCAGGACAUCAUGGACAAGGCCACCAUGUUGUACAACAAGUUUAAGAGCAUGUUUCUGGUUGGAGAAGGCGACUGCGUGCUCAGCCAGGUGCUCAACAAGUCUUUGGCUGAACAGCGUCAGCACGAAGAGGCCAAGAAAGGAGCUCUGAAGAGAGUUGAACAAGUUAAAGAAAACGGAGGAGACAAGCUGACCAACGGUGACAUCAGCCCCGCAGAGAAGAAGCAGGAGCUGGAGAGGGACAAGCAGCUGGAAGAUGCCUCUGCAGGAGAAAAUCCCAGUGCCCCAAAAGCUCCGGAGGAGUCCACUUGAGCAUUCCACAAGCUUCGACAGAUUUGCUGCUGUAUGAACACAACCUUUUGUAAAAACUAGGUUCCAGUUCAGUGACCAUUUUUAUCAGUAUUGCUGCUUGGAGGUUUCAGUACACCCCCCCUCCUCCAAAUGACAGACUGCACAUUCUAUUUUUGUACUUGAUGUAAGCCUCCCUCCAGACACCUUAUGCUACCUGCACCGUUUCAUGUCGAGUUCAUGCCGAUGCAGAGGAAGAACCCAUAAAGCUGCAGCCUGAACAUUGAGCUUAAUGAGCGCGCUCUCAGAAACGAGCUUUGCACCACC